AUGCAGCCUAAGACGUUUAUACAUCAGCUGCAUCAUAUGCUGAAUGACAAGAGUUUAGAAUCAUGGAUUCGAUGGUCGGCAGAAGACGACCAUAUAUUCUGCUUAAAACCAUAUGACCCUGAGUUCCCUGGUAAGGUGCUCAAGAAGAACUUCAAGCAUGGAAACGUGUCUAGUUUUGUUAGACAAUUGCACAUGUAUGGGUUUCAUAAGCUGCAGACAGGACCUAAUGGAAUGCACACAACCGUGAACGCUGGUGCGGGAGCAGGGUUGCCAGCAUCGGCAGCGACAGCAGGAUCUACUACGUCUAUGGAUAAUGAACCACCUACACAUAUUAUCAAGAGUAAUAAAGAGUCCAUGGUUUGGUAUUUUACUCAUCCCUCAGGGUACUUCUAUAAAGAUGCAUGUCAACCGGAUUUGGCUAGAAUACAGAGAAAGUCUAAUGGUGUUGGGAAGGAUGGUAAACGAAAAAAUGGGCUGUCCCCAGUGUGUGUUUCGAUUCUGGAUCCAAAUGCGAGGGCUAGUACGCCCCCGAUCACGGCCACUUCUACAUCAUCGCAGAUCGAUUCUUUGCAUCGAUAUUCUGUUCCUCCUGCAUAUGCAGCGGCAGGCGAGGGAGGAGGGGGAGCAGCAGGCGCGACCGACUCUCUACAACCACAUCAAUCGAUUCAUGAGCCUCGUCCCUCUUACAAUGAUGUUACGAAACGCCGAAGUGCCUCCUCAUUAGACCUGCUAAUAAACCAUCCCCAGAGCUUGCCCGCGCAGCAACAAAUUUCUGGUGCAGCUCCCGUUUCAACUGCUACGAAUAUCGUGAGUUCUGACUUGCGUUCACAUCUUCAACAGCCACAGCAACAGAACCAACAGAACCAACAGAACCAACAGAACCAACAGAACCAACAGAACCAACAGAACCAGCAGAAUCAGCAGAACCAGCAGCAGCAACCACGUGUGCACAGACCUGGCUUCCCCACCUCCACCACUUCCACUGCCCUGGUUCAGCAACAUACCCCAUCUCACUCACAACCUGCAUUGCGACCAUCCAUAUUUACCCUACCGCAGCAGCAGCAGCAGCAGCAACGAUUGAACACCAAUACAUCCCCAACUGCACAGCCACAUAUUACCACCGGUGCAGUCACCACCACGGAUUACCUGCAUUACGAAAGCAACCUACAGCUACUGCAGAGAUGCAUGCUUACCAUAGUCGAUAUUCUACAGAUCCCGCCGUCCCAGCAACAUACAAUUAGUAAGCUACAGCAGAACUUGAAUCAUUUAAAAUCUGAAAUCCUAUCUAUGGAUCAUAAAUGGACGAAUCUUCGACCACACCAUCCUUAUUAUACGUCAUCCACACAUUCCUCUCUCAGCAGUGAAGCCUCCGGACCAUUGCAUUUUAACCCGAUUUCCUCAGGUGCUACUGCCACCAGUUCAUCUAUACCAGGACAAUUAAGCCACGACUCCAGGUUCUCCAGCUUAUCAACCCAGAAGAGUUCCAUUUUCAGCAACCCGAGGCUUAGUAACGUGACUUCCUCAACGAGCACCUCAAAUGGAAAUUUAUCCGUAAGCGGAACUUCGACCCAGUUUGAUAGUUACUAUCAGCACGAAACUAAAACGCCGGGGCCGAUAUUCCCCCCGGUUCAACAACAGUCUCAGUACGCAUAUCCUCCCCCGCAGCAUCAUGCACCGCACCACUCACAGUCCCAAGGGUCUACUAACAUUUUGCACUGA